AACGUGCUAAACAUGCAGAGACCUUUGACACUGACCUCAAUAUUUCACAAUGGCUGAUGAAAACCUAUCUCUGGUUCUCUACGGCAAGCAAGAUCUACGACUGGAGAAUCGCCCGAUACCUGAACCAGGAUACGGAGAAGUGCAGAUCUGCAUCCACGAUGUUGGCAUAUGUGGCUCUGAUGUCAGCUACUGGCAGAACGGUCGUAUUGGCGACAUGGUGGUCACCAAACCAAUGGUCAUGGGACACGAACCCAGUGGUGUGGUCUCCAAAGUAGGAGAGGGUGUCGUAUCCCUUAAAGUUGGUGACCGGGUUGCCAUUGAGCCAGGUGUCCCGUGUCUCACGUGUCGGCAGUGUAAGACUGGCCGCUACAACCUGUGUGGGAAGAUAAAGUACUGUGCCACGCCUCCUGACCAUGGUACACUCACCAGGUACUUCGUCCAUGCAGCAGAUUUCUGCUUCAAACUUCCCGACAACGUGAGUAUGGAGGAGGGAGCCAUGUUGCAGCCUCUGGCUGUUGCUGUCCACGCUUGUAACCGUGUCAACGUCCACCUGGGAGCUACAGUUCUCGUGUGUGGAGCAGGGCCUCUUGGUCUUGCUUGUCUGUUGACGGCACGCGCACGAGGAGCUGGGAAGAUAAUAAUUACAGAUAUCAAUGAAGACAGACUGAAGUAUGCCAAAAAGGUUGGCGCUGACCACACUGUGUUGGCGGGGGACCCACAACAAACAGCACGAGUCAUCCAGGACUCACUUGGAGGUGCUGCUGAUGUUACUAUUGAGUGUAGUGGUGCGCCGUCUAGCGUCAGCACAGCCAUAUAUGCCACAGCAACAGGAGGAAGGAUUGUUCUGGUCGGAUUUGGACCAGCUGAGGUACGGCUGCCACUGCUCAGCGCACAGUGUAGAGAGAUCGACAUAUUCGGAAUGACUACAUUUGCCAAUUCGUACCCUGCAGCUCUGGCCAUGGUCACCAGUGGUCAGGUGGACGUGAGGCAGCUCAUCACUCACAGAUACAGGCUGGAGGAGGCUCUUGACGCCUUCGAAGCAGCGAGACGCAGAGAGGGAGUUAAGAUCAUCAUCAACUGCCAGAGAAAGUGACUCAACCUAAACCUGCGUCAAGUGUCUUCCACAGCCUCUACAGCAAACCAGGAUUCGAUUAUACUUAUCACCUUGGUCGUGUUGUACAAUGUGUUUUUAAUCUGGUAAACAAGUUAGGCCGUGGUCGAAAUUUAAACAGGAGAUCAUUUCGGUGUAUUGAAGAAUGCCAGUCGGAGUAUUAUUUGAAGUGUGCAUAAUCUCAUCAGACAUGUACAGUUUUGGCAUGUCCGUGUGUUCAAGACGCCCGAAAAUCUUAGCAUCAAAGGAAUAUCAUGAAUUAGAGAAGAGAAUGACCCAAGCAAUUAUGAGUGAAGAUGAAAACAGACGAAAAGUUCACAUCUUUACAGCUGUAUUCAUGAGGACUAUGUUGUAUGUGUCCCUUUGACUCCACAACAUAUUCGGGUCAACCGAUAAGUCAGAUUUGACUUACCAGAGUAAUACCUGUUUAUAGUAGAGGGACCAGACAAAUACAUCCACGGAACUGUAGGCCAUGUGUCAAUGGUGCAGCUAUAAUAAAUACUUUUCCUGU